CACUGAUGGAUUUCAAAUGUGGCUAGGUAAUGUGGCUAAACAUUGAAUUUAUGCGGGGCAGCAUUGAGUUUUUAGGGUUUUAACCUCGCCUAAGUUCUCAACUUGUGCACAUCCCCACCUUCAAAGAAAUUUACGGAAUCGGAAUGUUUUAGUCCGCCCUUAGCCCCAAUCACACAUUUCGGCUACGAAUUUUCGUUGUUUGGUGCAAAGACUUUCUAAUCUUUCACUAAAUCUGAAUACUAGCAGCGUCAACAUCGCAAAUAUCUGUCUCUUCGCCAACCUUCUCUUCAGACAGAUCAAUUACACUGCCAUCAAUUCGCGAAAAUGGCUGACAACGACGGUCCCAUUACCCUGCGAACUCGCAAGUUCAUUCGCAACCCUCUUCUCGGUCGCAAGCAGAUGGUGGUUGACAUCCUCCACCCCGGCCGCGCAAACAUCUCCAAGGAUCUGCUCCGCGGCGAGCUAUCCACCAUGUACAAGGCACAGAAGGACCAGGUCUCCGUCUUCGGUCUACGAACACAAUUCGGUGGCGGCAAGACCACCGGUUUCGCCCUUGUCUACGACUCUCCCGAAGCCAUGAAGAAGUUCGAGCCCCGAUACCGACUUGUCCGUGUCGGCCUAUCCACCAAGGUCGAGAAGGCAUCUCGACAGCAACGCAAACAACGCAAGAACCGACAGAAGACCCUGCGAGGUACUGCAAAGGUCAAGGGUGCCAAGGCGAAGAAGGAGAAAUAGACGAUGGGCUUCUGGGUUUUUUCUGGUCUUUGCGGAGUGGGUUUGGCUCGGCUUGGGCACUGGCUCUGUGCAUUACGCGAAAAUGCAUCUCUCUGCGUCCUACUACAUACUAGUCUCGAUACGGUAUUAGGAUCUUUUCCUCGAGGCGUGACGGAAUGAAUUAGAUGAUUUCCCCACGAUAGCAUAAACCAAGGAGUUGACAUGGCAAUAAUGGGUUAUUGUUCAGACGUGAUCCCGUUCACUUCAAUCGUUCCCAGUGCCAUGUGCUUUAAUUUUUCUAGGCAUUUGAUGUUUUUCAGCAUCCGAACUCUGGUCUUCAUGCGCGAUACUCGUCGAUGUGUUAGAAUAAGAUAACAUUAGAUAGGUACCUAUCUGUACCUGGGUGGUAAUACUGCCCGUUUCCUUUUACAGAAACCCAGAAAAUAAUACAGUACACUCAGCCAGCCCAGAAGAA